AUGUUUGGGUCAUUAGCGGUCCGUGGUUUGAGACUGACCUGGAAAGCUGGGGUCAUUCGUGUGUCUCAGUUUCAUAUCAGCUCAAAGCAUGGGAUUCAGUAUGGCAACUUGGCAUACUUGCUGGGGGAAAGAACAUCCAAACGAUUUGGACCAAACAGUAAGGUCGUAACAGUUGACGGUAACUUGGCCUCCGGCAAAGGAAAACUUGCACAAGAACUAGCACAAAGGCUCGGUAUGAAAUAUUUCCCUGAAGCAAAUCAGUUUUAUCUAGACAAUACUAUUACUGAUGGAAAAUUUGCUGGCCUUUGCAGCCUGGAGAAGUUUUAUGAAGACCCAAAGAGCACCAAUGGAAAUUCAUACCGCCUACAGAACUGGAUGUUCGGCAUGCGCAUGAUUCAAUAUGCAGACGCUUUAGAACAUCUUCUACGCACAGGUCAGGGAGUGAUAUUGGAACGCUCUCCCUUCAGUGAUUAUGUUUUCCUUGAAGCCAUGUUAAAGAAUCAAUACAUUCGCCCACAGUGUGUGACUCAUUAUAACGAGAUAAAGGAUGCAAGCAUCGAUGAAUUCCUGCCUCCACAUGUAGCUAUAUAUGUGGAUGUCCCAGCUGCUGAUGUGUACAAGAAUAUUCAAGAAAGAGGAGAUGUACGUUUUUUUUUCAUCUGA